GUCUAUUAAAAAUUAAUCGUAAUAAAGCAAGAUUUCCUGUUGAAAUAUGUGGAAGUUAUGGUAUAUUAUAAUAUAAAACGUGACUUAACAUUGCUGUACUGGAUGUGAAGGGAAAGAGAUUUAUGCGUGCUUCAAAUGUGUCGACCAAAAAAGCACCUGUUUAUUGUCGAUCCUAACUCUUCUAAAAGCCUAUAUUUUCCUCUUCGUCUUUUGUCUCGUCGUUAAGAAUUGGCGUCUGUAGUGAUAACCGGUUUCCAGGUCACGGGAUGAAAGAGUAUGUAAACUGAAAAGCAUCAAUUUAAUUAAUGAGUGAAACAAGGCCGCUUUGGUUUGUAAAUGAAUCAUUCAAAACGAUCAUUUUGUCAACUCGUUGAACUGAUUCAAAUGAUCCGACUCAUAAGAUGGAUUCGGACAUUCGGUGCACAUGGCAUCUCAUGUUACUUGGAUCAAAAGGCUAAAACAUGAUGCAAGUUACAUAAUUUCUUCAGACAGUUAUUCCACGAAUGUUAUAGCAGUUCAACGUUUAUUAUUAGCCUGAUUAGCUUAUAGUACAGAACGAUAAUGUUCAAGACGAUUUGGUUUCUCAAUCGAUUAAUGCACAGACUCAGUGUAGCGUCAAAACACAGAAGUGUUGUGAGGCUGUGGUCAAGUGCAGCAGAGGGCGCUGUUGCUCCUCCAGCAGACUGCGGUAUCACAGCAGAGCAGGCGAUCAGACUGUGGGCUCAACACUUCACACUGCACGGCAUUUCAGAGCCUGUUCUCUCAAGCCAGUACAUCAUAUCUCAUGUACUAGGCGAAAAAACUCUGGAAUGUGUGCAGAGGAAAAGGCUGAGAGACACCCUGACUGACCGGGAGAGAGAAAGAGUGUGGGAAUUAUGCUCCAAACGCCUCACAAGGAUGCCUGUACAGUAUGUGAUUGAGGAAUGGGACUUCAGAGACCUGACCCUGAAGAUGAAGCCUCCUGUGUUCAUACCUCGUCCUGAAACAGAGGAGCUGGUUAGUCUGGUUCUCGAGGACCUCCGGUUGAUACGGGAGGAAUCACACAUGACUGAUUUACGAUGUUUGGAGGUGGGCUGUGGAUCUGGAGCCAUCUCUCUUAGUUUACUACGCAGCAUUCCACAGCUCAGGGUAUUUGCUUUGGAUCAAAGCCAGACAGCAGUAUGUCUUACAACGGAAAAUGCAAACAGACUGGGUCUGCAGGACAGACUAGAUGUUCUCCAUUUAGAUGUGAUUAAGGACGCAGAUGCGAUACUGAGCAAAUGCGACCCCGUUGACUUUCUAGUCAGCAAUCCUCCCUACUUGCUCAGUCAGGACAUGGAGACUUUACAAACAGAGAUACUCAGGUUUGAAGACCGCAGUGCAUUGGACGGGGGUUUGGACGGGCUAUCUGUGAUUCGCCCGAUUCUGGCUCUGAGCUCGAAGCUCUUAACUCAGCAAGGGCGCGUUUACCUCGAGGUUGCCCCAUGCCAUCCUCCAGUCAUUCAGCAGCUGAUAGAGGAGAUGUGGCCAGGGUUGCUUUAUCUGGAAACCCGUUGUGACCUCACCAACAGGCCACGAUUUUGCAUUUUACAGAAGAAAGGAGAGGAUGACUGAGCCAAAGGACAGAGGAAAUACAGGCAUGAAGACGAUCAUUUGGUAUAACACCACACUAGGUAGAGCUAGAGACUUCACCAUUAGCAGUUGGCCAUUAAAAAAUGCCUUCAGCCAAACUGCAUAUGGCACACUGCCAGUCUCCUUGCCAUCCUGCCAGUUCCCAGCAUGCACUGACUUACAAACCUGCCAAUCCUACCGAGAAGCUCCUUCCUGAAAGCUGGCGACCUCAGGUUUCUAUUUGUUUUGUGUUGUAACCUACUGUUGUUAUAGUUUCUAUGUUCGCUUUCCUUUUAAUUGGUGAGCGUGUGUAUAUGUGUGUGUGGCUGUGGUUUGUUGUGGUGAGAUUGCAUUGAUUGUGAGUAUGUGCUCAGUGUGCAAGUGUCAGGGUGCAGUAGGCUGAAGGUAAUUAUUGAGGCCUUUUCUAAGAACUCCCCCUCCCAGUCCUGCGCUAGUCUCUCCCUGGAAGUAAUGCGCUCAUUCUGCGAAACAGCUGGCCCAUUGCCGCUAGCUCGCUUGCUCAGCUAGCCCACAAAGACAGACAGACAACCCGACAUGCUCCGUUACCGCAAUGUGUACAAGUAUACACAAAUUCUGUCUGUUCUAGUCUGCUAAUGAGUGAAACAGAAUUUGACACACACUGCCUCUUUUCUCUGAUUCUGUAAUGUGUAUUAGAACGGAGUCUAAAAAAUUAAAUAAAUAAAAUGUAUUUAUUUAUAGUUCUUGUAGGCAUGCAAUGCUAUAAUAAAAAUAAUUUUUAAUACCUUUG